AUGACGAUAGGCGUGUUUGGGCUCUUUGUUUUGGCGUGUUUUACACAAACUACUUAUGCUAAUCGAACUGUUACUGUAACCACAACAUAUGGAGAUGUACUUGGAUUUGAAACGGAUACAGCUCGUAUCUUCUAUGGUAUUCCAUUUGCUGAACCGCCUGUUAAUGAUCUAAGAUGGGAAGCUCCAGUAGCUACAGGUAGAUGGGCUCCAAGUGUAUUAAAUGCUACAAAACCACCACCUGGUUGUCCACAGCCUGAAUGCCGAGUUCCGCCUAUUUUAUGUCCGGCUGUGAUUUCUGAAGAUUGCCUUUAUCUAAAUAUAUUUACGCCAAUACCUACACAGACAUCUGCACCAACGCCAUUGCCUGUUAUGAUCUUUAUUACUGGUGGUAAUUUUCAAUUUCUUGAUGCUUCAGCGCCAAUCUAUGAAUCGGAGCGUUUCGUUAAUACAACUAAUGUCAUUGUUGUAUUCAUUCAAUAUCGAUUAGGUAUUCUCGGUUUUCUGGCAACGGGUCCAGGUCCUAAUGAUAUAAAAGGAAACUUUGGUAUUCUUGAUCAACGUCUAGCUAUUGGAUGGGUUAAAGACAAUAUUAAUGCAUUUGGCGGAGAUCCAAAUGAGAUCACAUUAUUUGGUCAAAGUGCUGGUGGUCAAUCAAUUGCUUUACAUUAUGUUUCAAGUGAUAUGCAAUCAUUUUUUCAACGAGCCAUUAUUCAAAGUGCACCUUUAACAAUUCCAUUUCGAACAUAUGCAGAAUAUAUAACACCGAGUGUUCUUGUUGCUGAACAGCUUCAUUGUGCAGUAGGUGAUAUAUCAUGUUUUCGUCGGGCUUCCUAUCAAGAUAUUGUUGUUGCUCAAAGUGUCAUUAACAAUAUGAUAACCUCACUUGACAUUUUACUUUUCUUUGAACCAUGGGUACCAGUUAUUGAUCAUAGUAUUGUACAUGGUCAACCUCUUGAUCUUGUUUAUAAUACAUCAUUUUCACUUAAACAACUUAUUAUUGGCACAUUAACUGAAGAAGCUAUAUUUUUCGUUUAUGAAGGAUGGGCAAAACCGUUAACGCCAGAACUCUAUGCUGAAAUUGUUGUGGGUACAUUUCGCGAAAAAGCUCUUAAAGUUCUCGAGCGUUUUCCACCCGACAGUGUUUCUGAUGUCCGCCCACUGCUAUCAAGUAUAGCUACACAGUGGGUAUGGGCUUGUUCAAAUCGCGUGUUCGCACGUAAAGCCGCUUCGUAUUAUUAUGCUUUUGGUUAUCCACUUGAUUUUGAUGGUUGGGGAAAUGAAACAUUCUGUAACGGACAUUCUUGUCAUGGUGCUGAAUUACCAUUUUUAUUUGAAUCGGCCUGGGUAAAUUUUACUGAUGCUGGACGACGUGUUUCUCAAAGUAUGGCUACGUAUUGGACAAAUUUUGCUACAAGCCAAGAUCCAAAUGAACCAGCGCGUGUAUCAACGCCGUGGCCAAGAGUUACCACUGGAAAUGAACAAUACAUGUAUUUUCAAGAUCCAUUACAAGCUCGACAAAGUUAUUUGAAGGAUGAUUGUGAUUUUUGGGAUAAAAUUGGUUAUAAGCCAGCACUUUUUUGA